CGCCACCCCCAUUCCCGAGCUCCCCUUUACUCAAAGCAAACCCUAAUUCUCUUCAGCGCAGCUUCUUCCCGAAUCUUUCCGUUCCUUCAUCAAAAAUGGGGACGAUGCUAUUGCCUCCGUGGCAGUCUCCAAAAUCAAUUUCAAUUGAUGUUUUAUCGACCCAUAAUACAUGUCUUUGUCCUUCUAAUUUUUUCUCUCCUCGUUCUUACAACUUCGUCUUCUGUGUGCCUGAGCCUGUGUGGGUGCCUGUGCCUGUGCCUGUGAAAUAUGGAAAUGAUGAUGAUGAAGAAGAAGAAGAAGAAGAAGAAGAACUUGAUGAUGAACAUGAACAUCACCAUGAAGAUGAAGAUGAAGAUAAAGAUGAUAGGAAGUAUACGAAGUGGUUUACAAUCAGUAUUCAUGCAGACGGUCCUUGCGAGGUCUACACUGAGGAAGAACCGCUCACUUCGUUUUUGGACGCCAAACUUCACGUGGUCAAGGGCUUUGCUGCCCUAGGCUCCCACGUCUACGCUUUUGGUGGUGGGCUGGCGAUUCCAUUCUGUCCAUCCGACGUCUGCAAAUUGGACGUUACCGGCCGUGGUGCUUACGGCUGCGACUCUGUUCCUUCGAUGAUUACUCCCAAAUUCCUCUCGCACAAUCUUGUUCUAGACGGGAAGAUUUAUGUUUUUUCUGCUCGCGGGCCAAGGGAUAUGCCGUGGGGUGAGGUUUUUGAUCCCGAUAACGGAAAAUGGGAAGCCUUACCUGAACCUCCAUGUGAUUCGAGCUAUACAAUUUUUUCUGCAGCUCUUGAGAAUCCAAACAGGAUUCUUGUGACUUUCCAUGUUUCGGGUACAUGCAAUUCUGCAAUGUUUUGUGCCUACAAUGUGCAGGGUCGAUCUUGGGAAAUGCUUGCUCCUGCUAAGCGCAAUAUCCACCGUCAUUACCCUACAGGGGUUCCUCACAGGACGGUAACUGUACAUAAUACUUUAUACUGGAUCACUCUUGUAAAUGAUGAGGCAUUAUUGAUUGCCUAUAAUUUAGACCUGGAUACAUGGCUAGAAGGGAGUCUUGAGGAUUUUGGAAUUUUCUAUGACACACCAAUUUGUCUUUUCCAUUUAGAGAAGCAGAGGUUCUGCCUCUUACAAUCGUUAUCGCGUCGGAUUACACCAGAUGGAAAUAGACCAUCUGAUGCUGAUCUUUACUGCGUUGUAGUUAAUGUGUCCCAUAUGCCCGGGGAGAACAGAUUAGGCAUAUCGCUUGCUUGGAAACAAAUGUUUAAGGUGGAUUGUCCCUAUCCGUUUUCAGAUUGCCUUUUACUGCCUGAAAUCAAGCAAGAGGAACUGCGAGGAGCAAAUUAUUAAGGCUUAAUAGAUUAUAGUCUAUAAUAUUAGGGGUAAGUAGUUUCAGUGAAGAAAUCAAGCAAGAAGAGUGUGUGGAGCAAAGAGAAUGUUUUUGGAUGAGUGCAAAGAGAGUUAUGACAGUAGGUUGCUUUAUUUAUGUUCUUUUUUUUUCUUUUUUUUGAGAAUCUUUUUUUAUGUUCUUAUGCAAACACGUUAAAUUGAUCAGAGAAGAUCGCCGCAAUGUGCAAUGCUGCCAAAGAAAUAUUUUAUC